AUGUUGUACAUUGUUCUCAUCCUGGGUGUUGCUACGGCCGGAGCUGUCAAAUAUGACAAACCGGAGAGAACGAUCGAGACCGUACUGAGAACGCCACACAAUGAGUUCUUCAACUUGCCCGAUAACUCGUCAAUGGAGACCGUGUUCAUUAAUCAGCAGGUUUACAACGAGACGUCCCGCAGUGUUGAAGAAAUGUAGGAAAUUUUUGACGAGGAACUAUUUUUAGGGCAAGGGGUAGAAUUUAAUGCAAAUUGAAAUAAGGAUUUCCAGGGUUUAUAUAUCGCGUUUUGCAGAAAACACUGAGAUUUUUUGGCUAAAGAUUGACUAAAGUUUGUGCAAAAAUUACAAAAUUUUCGUAUAAAACAACAUCAAUUUUUUAUAAUUUACACAAAAUUAAAUUGAUGACAAUUCCCUUUCACACGAACACUCUCCUUUUCUGCAGCCGCCUUCGGCACCGUGCUGGAGUUGCCCAAGCUCUCCGCAAAGGCUUUGAACUCGUCGGAGAUGGGGCCGGUUUGGUCAUCACCAACGGUGGCAUUACCUACGAACAGCUGAUCAGCUUGGUCAAUGUUUUUACCACUCGAUUCUUCCACUCUGUCGAUGAUCGUUACAUUCAAGCCGCUGGAAAUUUGUUGCUUCGUUCUGCAGCCGUCGGUCAUGUGAAAGUGUCGGAAAAAGUUCAUAAAUAUUUUAGGAACAACGCGGAUGGACAGAUGUGAGUUUAUUGGUCGGUUUUAUAUAAAGGAUGUUCAAUGUUGCUGUCCAUAACCAAGAUCUUUAUUCAGCAAAUUCCCCAAGCCUUGCAACAUCUCCGAUGAGGAGUUUGAGACCAUUUCCAUUGCCGGAGCUAUCCUUCAAGUUUUUCAUGAACUGUUCCCCAGGUAAGAAUAAAACAUGGCCUUUAUGUCAACGCCAAUCUUUCAGCAACCCCUCUCCUGGAUUGGAAGGUGAAAUCAACGAAAAACUUUUCACCUUCGGUAAAUUCGAAGGCUACAGUAUCUUCACCAACUGUGGACGUGAAAGCUAUGGUGAUUAUGAGAAAAUUUUCCUGACCGAAGAUUCGGACGAAAGCGAUAGUAGUGAGGAGAUUAAAGACGUGUUCAAAGUAGCGUUGGCGAGGACUUUCUUCUGA